CAAAGUUUUUCAGUUUGCUUGUUGCUUUACACGCGUGCGGUUCGUUUAAAUUGGCUUCUCUUUCGUUUUAAUAUAAUUCAACCAAGAAAACAAAAUAAAAUAAAACAAAAAAACUGUGUGUGUGCGUCUUUUGAAACCGCCAAAGAAAAAAGAACGCAACAAUUCGCAAAAGUGCAGAAGGCAGGAAGAGCCAAUUCGGGCAAACACAAACAAUUCUUUCGCUUUCUGGCCAAGUUCUACAGACUGCCGACUACGAACUACGGGCUGGUACAUCGCGGGAAUAUUUAAGUGCAAAUAAAAACAAUGACGACAGCCAAAUGGAUUUGGCGCUUGGCGCUGAGCAUCUUGCUGGUCGUGGGCUUCGUGGCUGCCGAGAAGCCAAAGGGCUAUCAUCGGGAGAUUUGCCAGUAUCGCAAGGGCAAACAUAUCCAGCCUAUGAGCGUUUACCAUAAUCGACUGAUGGCGAUGCGCGAACAAAUGCAGAUCAGAGCCACGCUGCAGGGGCCUGAGAUUUAUGGUUACAUAUUGCCCUCUACGGAUGAGCAUCUCAACCAGGAAGUGGCGAGCCGGGACCAAAGACUGCGAUAUCUUUCUGGCUUUUCAGGAGUACGAGCUUUUGCAGCCGUAACCAGUCAUGGAGCAGCCAUUUGGCUAGAGAAUAGAUAUGCUCAACAGGCGGAUGGUGAGCUGGAAUGCGACUGGGAGAUCUAUCUGACCAGCGGGAAUGUCACCGUAGCCGACUGGCUGGGUAGCCAUAUUCACAUUGACAAACGAGUGGGCGCCGAUCCUCAUCUGGUUCCCCAUUCCCUUUGGGUUCAAUGGGAGCGAGAGCUUGAGGAUAAGUUCCUCAAGUUGGUCAAGAUCAACACCAACCUGGUGGAUUAUAUUUGGGGUUCCGAGCGCCCAGAGACGCCUAAGAACCAGGUGAUACAGGUACAUCCGAAGCAUUUCGCUGGAUUUAGCUGGCAGGAAAAGGUCAAGGAGCUGAGACGUCGGCUGGCCCAUCUGGGCUGUGAUGCAAUGGUGGUCACUUCGUUAACUGAGAUUGCUUAUUUGCUCAACAUUUGGAGCACAGACAUUCCUUACACGCCUGUGGUGAAGUCAUACGCCAUCGUCAGCCAGGAUGAAAUAUUCUUUUAUGUCGACCAUACCAAAAUCAGCCUGGGCAUUGACCUUCAUCUGCGGACAGAUUGCAUUAAUGCAGAUUGCGUGAAGAUUAAGGAAUACAAUCAAAUUUGGAGUGAUAUCCGCACCUAUGCUCAGCUCUGGAAGCGCGUUCUGGUUCCGAUACCCUGUGUACAGGAACUUGGCGCUUCGGAGGCAAUAUAUACCUCAAUGCCGGGAAAAAUUGUCGUUUCGGAGAUCUCACCCAUUAUCUUUAUGCGGGCACAGAAGAACUCCGAUGAACAAGCUGGAAUGAGGAGGGCGCACAUCCGGGAUGGAGCUGCCAUUUGCGAGGCCCUGAGCAAUAUGGAAACUAGGUUCCACACGGAGCAAUGGACCGAGGAGAAGAUUAAGUACGAGGUGGAGCUGUGGCGUUUGUCGCAGAAGAAUGCCAAGGGUCUAUCCCUACGAACAGUGGUAGCCUACGGAGAACACUCCGCCUUACCGUACUACAUCUCCAGCAACGUGACCAACAUCGAAGUCUCUGACCAGAGUCUGCUAGUCAUCGAAUCUGGUGGUCAGUAUCUGGAGGGUACCACUGACGUCUCGCGCACCUUCAUCUUCGGUGAGCCUACGCAGGAGAUGAAGAAGGCGUACACAAAUGUGCUGGCUGGAAUUCUGCAUCUGACACAACUCAAGUUUCCCUCUGACCUGAAGCCAUCCGAGGUGGACGCCCUGGUUCGCAGCAUGGUGUGGAAGGAAAUGACGGACUAUCCGCAGGCAACGGGUCAUGGGAUAGGAGCAUUUGGUUCCGUUGAGGAACCCCCAAUAUCAGUAGCCUAUGGCAAGAACAGCAGCUUCCAUUUCAAACAGGGCUACUUUUUCUCCAGCGAAUCCGGUUACUAUAAGCGCAAUGAUUUUGGAGUUCGUUUGAAGAACGUUCUUGAGGUGGUGGACACCGGACACAGGCAUCCCAGUGGAACACACUUCCUUGCAUUCCAGGACGUUACUAUGGUGCCCUAUGAGCCCAAACUGAUUGACAGUACACUCCUCAGUGCGGCGGAAAAGCGCCUCCUUAACGAGUACAAUGCCAAAAUCCGAAACGAUGUCGGAGACGAGCUGAAGCGACUGGGUAAUAUGCGUGCCUUCUAUUGGAUGAUGAACCAAACGCGACACAUCCGGGAAUAUCUGCCGGAGGACGAAUACCGCUCGGCGACUGCGGGAGGAAGUUGCGGUCACACCACGAGUCCCCUGAUACUCCUGGGACUCUUGAUUAUCUUUUCUGCAAUCAUCCAUACGCAAUCCUAGGGACCAGAGUUCUACUUUACUCUAUUUGUAAUUAUAUAGAUUUAGGUAGCUAUGCAAAUUAAAAGAGAGAGUCUGGGACUAACACGAAAUCGAACCAAUCAAUAACUGCAACUGUUAGUAUUUUAGAAACGUCAUUUGGCAUCGAGUUUAAAUCAGCAAAAAAGUCGCACCCAACCACCAAGUUUCCUGUUUAGGAUAGGUAUUCACUUAAACCAAAUACGUAAAAUGAAUUGUAUAAAACUUUAAUCGUAAUUGACCAAAAAUAUGUUAAAACUGUUUUACAUUAAUAUUAAAAUUGUCUUUAUACUUAAGAAAUAACAUUGUAUAUUUUUCUAAAUAUAAUUUGGAAAGUA